AUAAGAUCCUGAAAAAUAUUGUUACUAUAAAAAGGUCAAGUAAUAAAGCCAUGUUGCCAAUUUCAUCUUACUCGUCAUUGGUUAUCAGUGGUUUUAGAAUAAGUGCAUUUCUAAAUUCUCAUUGGACAGCAGUAUGUAGGGGGGGUAUAAAAGUUUACAUACAGAUGUAUGUGGCUCAAAGCAACCACCAGCACUGAUGACCUGUGGGUGUUUAUCAGAAAUUUCACAAAAUUGUUCCUCAACCUUCAUCUGAAAAAUUGUGUUGAAUGUGAUUUUGUCUGUAUUUUUGUCUUUUAAAAUGAAAUGCAUCAAUUGUUUUAGGUCAUCAUGAAAACAGAACCUAAUGUAAACAUGACUGAUCCUUUUACUGCCCUCCACCCAUGUUAUGAGAUAAAUAAUUUCAGAUACAAGUUUACCACACCCCCUUCUGCUGUAUGUGUGAUGCUAUAUUGUUUUCUUACACUUUUGUCUGUCGUCACAGUGUGCGGAAACCUCCUUGUAAUAAUUUCUGUGUUUUACUUCAAACAACUCCAGACUCCUACUAACUACCUCGUUUUGUCUCUAGCUGUUGCUGACCUGCUUGUAGGGAUUCUGGUGUUUCCUUUGACUAUGGCAUUUUGUCCCAGCAUUUGUAUGUAUCAUAACAAUUUAUUUUGUAAUAUACGAAACAGCGUUGACGUAUAUCUUUGCACAUGUUCUGUUAUGCACCUAUGUUGUAUUUCUUUUGACAGAUAUUAUGCAGUGUGUCAGCCAUUAACAUAUAAAUCUAAAAUCAGUCAUCAUCUUAUUUUCAUUAUGAUCACUUUAAGCUGGAUUGUUUCUUUACUUCUAGGCAUUGGGGUAGUAAUACCAAAAUCAGAAGAAAAAUGUCAAAAAACAUGUAUUAUUGAUGUAUUUAUGACAAACACAGUUGGAACUAUAUUGUCAUUUUACCUUCCACUUUUCAUAAUGUUAUGUAUUUAUCUGAAAAUUUUCUUUGUUGCACAGAGACAGGCACGAAGCAUACAAACUAGGAUGAACCGUGGAGCAACUGUCAGUAAGAUGGAGAGAAAAGCCACCAAAACUCUGGCUAUUGUUUUGGGAGUGUUUAUUUUUUGUUGUACUCCUUGUUUUCUUUGUAUCACUUUUAUACCUUUUAUCAACAAUUCAGUACCAGUUCCAGUAAUUGAAACACUUGUUUGGCUUGCCCUGACAAACUCAACACUAAAUCCCUUUAUUUAUGCUUUCUUUUACAGCUGGUUCAAAUCAGCCUUUAAAAUUAUUAUGUCUGGAAAAAUAUUGCAUCGUGAUUUUUCUAACACAAAGUUACAAUAAUUAAAUUUUUGAGACACAAAAAUGCAGU